AUGCCUGAGCCUAUGAAGGAAACAAUUCGCCCCACCACGAUCAACGCUGGUGCCCACGGUACGCUCCGAGGCGUCGAGCUCAUCCACGAGGACGGGCACGUCAAGGCGCGCAGGUUCUGCCAGGUCCCCUUUGCUCGUCCCCCCGUGGGUCCUCUUCGCUGGCGCCGGCCCGAGGCCCUGCCGGACGACUAUGACUGGAGCGGCGUCGAGGGCGACAAGUUUGGCAACCUCAUGGCGCAGCCCAUCUACCAGGUCACCAAUGCCAAUGGCGAAAAGGCCAGCCUCAUCGACGUGCCCGGGUCGGAAUACUCAGAGGACGCACUCACAGCCAACAUCUGGACGCCGGCAGGUGUCCCUCCUCCAGGCGGCUGGCCCGUUCUCGUCUUCUACCACGGCGGAUGGCUUCAGAUUGGCAGCCCCAACAUGACCGAGAAGAACGACGCCACUGAGCUCGUCGACGAGGCGCUGCGCUGUGUCGUCGUGGCUCCCGCGUACCGUCUGAGCCUGUUUGGGUUCCUUGCCGGCAAGGAAAUCCAGGAGGAGAACGCCGACGGCACGGCGGGAAACUUUGGGUUCUGGGACCAGCGUCUGGCGCUCGAGUGGGCCGCCAAGAACGCACACAUCUUUGGCGGUAACGGCGACAACAUCACCAUUGCGGGUCUUUCGGCGGGCUCGUACUCUGUCGAGGUCCAGCUCGCGUACGAGCUCGUGUCGGGCGGCGCUCCGCUCAUCAAGCGCGCGAUGAUGUGGUCGAACGCCAUCCCGUCGCAGCCCAAGACGGUCGAGGCGAGCCAGGAGGCAUUUGACGGCGUGCUCGAGGCGUGCGGGAUCCCGCUGGACCUGGACGGCAAGGAGAAGAUGGCGCGGCUGAGGGCUGUUCCUACCAAAGAGCUGCAGGACAAGAUCAUGACGCUUAAACUGCACACGUUCCGUGCCGUCAGCGACAACUCGUUCAUCAGCGACAGGAUGCACUCGUCCAUUGCCGACGGGUCGUUUGCCAGGGCCUUCAAGGACCGCGGCAUGUCCGUCAUCAUCGGCGAGGUGCCCAACGAGGAACUGCUGUAUUCCGUGAUCAACCCGCCCACGUCGGUGGCCGACCUGCGCACGCAGCUGUGCAACUAUUACCGUGCCGAGCAGGUCGACAAGCUGAUCACGGCCUUUGAGGUCCCGGCCGACGCCGACGCCGGGGCACUGCAAAAAGUGUUUGGCGAGAUUGUGGCGCAUGGCCAGGUAUACAUUCCCUCGCGCGUGCUCGUCCAGGCGCUGCUUGACGCCCGGGUCCCGGCCGAACGUAUCCUGCGCUACCGGAUUGCGUGGAACACUGCCGUCGCCCGCUCCACCGCGCCGUUCCCGCACACGCUCACGCACGCCGACUGCCAGCCGCUGUGGUGGUACCUCCGCCGCUUCGGGUACACGCCCACCGAGGUCGAGGUCAACUACCAGUGGCUGGCGCCCGUGCAGAGCUUUGUCAACGGCGAGCAGGCCAGUGCCGCUGCGGAAUGGUACCUUGGGCCCGCGCCGCCGGACGGUACAAAGCUGCGUGAGGUCCGCGACGCCAAGAUUGCCAUUGUGGACGAUGACCGCUGGGAGAGGUGUAUGCGCCUCGCCAAGGCUAUCGAGGUGUGA